UGUGUGUGUGUGUGUGCGUGGUUCGUGGCUCGCGAGCUGCAAGUUAAACACCCCGAUCUAUAGCAGCGGAGUGGAGUCGGGGGAGUAGCAUUUCACAUUCGAGUGGUGGGCUUGAGGAACGGCUCUCCUUGGUGAUCGUAGUUUGAAUUUGGGCGGACGUCAUGCAAAUCCUAUUGAACCUUGGUAGAUCGACGGAUACACGCAUUUAGGACAACCACAGCCGAAACGCAGGGCAACUGUCAGCAUCAGGUCAUUAUCUCGACAGGCGAGAGACAAUAUUUUGCGGGAAAACGAGAGAAUUUUGACAAUAAUAAAACAGGUAUCAAGCACGGCGCCUUGUUUCUUGGCAACGGAAGAGAUCAGCAUCCGGCUCGGAAUGACUACCCUGAAGCGUCUGAAAUUUGGAAAGGAAACAAAGGACAGCGUUACGCUGCUGCCAUGUUUUUAUUUUGUAGAGAUUCUCAUAGGAGAGGCUGUUCUCUUCUGCUAUCUAUCCAGGAGGUCCUCGACUAUGCAGACGGAAUCAAACAUCACUGCUGCUGGAUGUAAUUUCAACUCCUACAUUCGCAGAGUUGUUCGCUUCAUUGGUGUCCAUAUCUUCGGCCUGUGUGUGACAGCACUGAUAACUGACAUUUUUCAGCUCUCUACUGGACAGCACACACCUUACUGGCUGGAUGUGUGCAAACCCAAUUUAACUCACAUCAAUAUAUCAACUUGUGAUGAAGCUUUUAUUCUGGACGAUAUUUGUUCCGGACAAGACAUCAUUCUAAUCAUUUCUGGGAGGAAGUCUUUCCCAUCCCAGCAUGCUUCUUUGGCUGGCUUUGCAGCUGUCUAUGUCUCCAUGUAUUUAAAUGCAGUGCUGACAGACUCCACAAAGCUGCUGAAGCCUCUCUUGGUGUUUUCUUUCAUCAUGUUGGCCAUCCUAGCUGGAUUCACCAGGAUCAUACAAUUCCGAAACCAUCCUGUUGAUGUCUACUGUGGAUGGAUCUUGGGGAUAGCUGUUGCUGCCUACCUGGGAAUUUUCGCAGUGGGAAGUUUCUGGCCCGGUGAAGAUAAAUCAAAAAGGCAGCCGCUUCCCUUUACAUUAAGGAAGCCUCCCUCCUCAUCUUUCCACAGCGUCUGCCAGUCAGAUGUCAACAGCCGCCAAGUGGGCCACCACAUGUUGACAGCAAGCCAACCAGAGCCAGUCAACAUCAGGACCACUUCUCAUACCUUGUCCCCCAAGCAGGCAGAGCGAAUUCUCACACGAAGCUCCUCCUACCGGGAGCCUUCUCAAACCAAUGUGAAGCUCGCCAGUGCUAAUUUGGAGAUGAUCAUUCCCCCCAGUCCUAUGAAGAAUUGUAAUAAAAGCUUCAGCAGCAGCACAUUGCCAAGGUCCCAUGGUGGCUCAUCAUUGGAGGGAUGUCGCAUUCCAAGGCGUCAUGCCUCUAUCCAUACCUCAAUGGAUUCAACCAGAUCUAAGCAACUCCUCAGCCAGUGGAAGAAUAAAAAUGACAAGAGAAAGCUGUCCCUCCAGGCCAUGGAUGGCAUAAAACCCGCUUCCUUGUCUCCUCAAAGAGAUGUGCAACUCCACUACUCAUCUGAAUCAUCUGCCAUAGGUUUGGACACUGAGGUCCACAGUCUAACCCACCUCCCUUCAGCCACUGGCCAGGAAGUUGGAGCCCACAUCCCAACCUCUUACAUAAAAAUAGCUGCAAGCUGUGUUCCUAUAGCCAAUAAAAAUACCCUGACCCAGAAUGGAGGAACUAGCUUUGCCGCUGGACCAAGAAUGGUUAUUCAGUCUCGUCCUGGAUCUUCUCAAUUAGUUCACAUUCCUGAGGAGGAAAAUUCUACUACCAAGGAUCAGGAGAGUGAAUCGGAAGACAGCACUUUUGAUAUGGUUGGAUCUGCUAAACAGAAAUGGAUGAGAGUUGCGGAAAAGACCACGAUCCCUUGCAGACCUCUCAGUGCAGGAGGUCAGCCUCGACUCAUGCAGGUAAUUGCCUUUUCAAAACAGCAGGGUUUGCGCAACUCUCGAUCAGAGGAUGGUGGCAGCACUGUCAGCUGCUCUGGAUCAAUUCGAUAUAGAACCCUUAUGGACCAAGACCCAUCACCACCUGCCUCCACGAGUGGUGCAAUGGAAGGUAUGGACUGCUCAAAAAUUCGAAUCAUACCAUGUCGCUAUGAGAUUAAUUACCGCACACUCACAUAUAAAUUUAAGCAGGACUUGACAAGGUUCGGGAAUGAACCAAAUGGUGUUUGGAUCCCAGAAAUAUAGGCAGAGUUAAAACACGUAACAAAAAUGUUUAUGUAGCAUUCUCAGGAUGCGGCAUGAGUGACAACACGAAGUCCAAUUGAAAAUGCAGGGUUUAAUUCCUGGCAACCCGUGAGAUCUGGUCCCACAAACAUGAAACAUCCAAAGAAGUGGCAUUACAAACCAAAUAAAAGACAAAACCAUGAAGACAAUUGAUUUAACAU